GCACACAAGCCCACUUUAAAAGAAAUUGGUUUCUUGCACUUAGCUUAUUAAGCUCUCUGACCAUCUGUGUUUAUUAGCGUUUUUUCUCUGCAACAAACCCAAACCAUUCGAUCUCCCCAAUGGCUAGCAGUAAUCUCCCCCGACGAAUCAUCAAGGAAACUCAGCGUCUCCUUAGUGAACCAGGUGAAAUACUUGAUUACCUUUCCACUUGUUUUACCUUUCAAUUUAUUUGCUUUAGCGUUUCCUUUUUUGAGUUCUGUGCGUUUAGGUUUGUUUCUUUGGGUUUCGGUGAGUUGAUUUUGUGGUUUUUGGAUACAGCUCCCGGGAUAAGUGCUUCACCGUCCGAGGAUAAUAUGCGUUACUUCAAUGUGAUGAUUCUUGGACCAACCCAAUCCCCUUAUGAAGGAGGUGUUUUCAAGUUGGAACUAUUUUUGCCUGAAGAAUAUCCAAUGGCUGCUCCAAAGGUUCGAUUCCUAACCAAGAUAUAUCAUCCUAACAUUGACAAGCUUGGAAGGAUAUGCCUUGAUAUUCUGAAAGACAAGUGGAGUCCGGCUCUCCAAAUUCGAACUGUACUUUUGAGCAUUCAAGCACUUCUGAGUGCCCCAAAUCCUGAUGAUCCUCUCUCCGAGAACAUUGCAAAGCACUGGAAAACAAAUGAGGCAGAAGCUGUUGAAACAGCAAAGGAAUGGACGCGUUUAUAUGCGAGUGGUGCAUGAUGUGAAUGGUGGAAAGGUUUACUUAUCUAAAACAACAAUUUGUGUAAUGUAUGCUAUCAUUUACUGUCUAUUUAAAAUUAAAAUGGAAGAACUGAUGAUGUUUUUUUAAUAUUGAGAGUUUGAUAUAUUGAACAGCUUCCAGUUACUCUGCCUGUUAUUUAUAUUCUAUUUCUUCAGUUGGAAGCCUUUCGUCCUUGAAUUUGUUGUAUGAAUAGAUAUAUAAUAUGUCUGCAUAUGUGAUUUAUAUGACGUUAUCCAAGGCUAGAAACACUUUUGAACAA